CAUUAUUGUUAUGCAUGAAGCAUGUAAUGUAAUGUUUGCUAAUAAGUGUUGUGCCAUGUUAUUAGUCUGCAGUUCAUGUUGUAGCAGAAAUGUGAGUCUGUGUUUGUCUGGAGAGUGAGUGUGAGUCCGGAAGCGGCUGGUUUUCCCUGGAGUGAAGCAGGAAUGUGCAGCUGGACUCUUAUCAGGGAAUGUGGCAGUGAGAAGUGAUUCCUCCUCCAAGAUUAUUUGAAGAUGGACAAAUCACUCGGCCUGAUCUUCCUGUUGAUCUGUGUGGGGUUUGUGGGUCACAUGACACACGCUGCUUUCAUGGAGAAACUGGCAAACUUUAAGAUCUGUGCAGACAAGGACUGUUCAUAUGUGAUUUCAAUGGCUAAAGCUCUUGAAGACUACGUGGCUUCAGACUGCAGAUACAUCAACCUGAGACGUGGCCAGAUGAUCUAUGUGUUUUCUAAACUCAAGCCUGUAGAGGGAGCCGGAGUCUUCUGGUCUGGAAGUGUCUACGGUGAGCGUUAUGUAGAUCAGAUGGGUGUGAUUGGAUAUUUCCCCAGUAACUAUGUCAAUGAGACACAUGUUUUUCAGAAGAAAACGGUUGAGAUCCCAACCACUGACAUGGACUUCUUCUGUGUGUAAAAGACAGUAACUUACACUAGCGGUUCUCAAAUAUUUAGACUCGUAGUUCACAACAAUAUUCAAAUAGGCCUAGUUUUGUCCUCAAAACUUAUUUUAAUCUACUUCCUAGUUUCUGUAAAGUAAAAUAAGUCACUAAAAUAAUAAUAAUUAAAAUAACAGCUUAAUGUUCUUCAGGGAUCACAUUAUUUUUAACUAAUUAAUUUACACAACUUUUCCAGUCGUUUGUAAUGAGAAUUAAGGAUAGAGAUUUUAAAUUAAUUGUUUCUCACAAUUUCUACAUAAUAAAAUUAUUUCGAGCUUGGCAUAAGAAAAAUUUAUGUUCUUUAUAAAAGUGCUCAAACAUUUGGUUAAUUAGCCUACCUCCUAUAUCAAGACAUUCAGUUGAGGAAAAUAAUAUUUGAGUUGUUUUAGCUUAUUUUUAUGCCGUUUUGUCUUAUUUCAAAUCACUUUAAGCCAUCUUGAGGCACAUUUGGAGGUUUGCCCCAGACCACUGGUCGCUUUGUAUAAUAAUUUUUUUUAUUUUGUGCAUUUCAACAAAAUAUUUUAUUUUUUCAUUGGAAUGUUGCAUUUCUGAACCUUUCCAUUUGCUAUUGAGGAUAAACCGAAUAAGUUAUAAAUGUUUUUAAAUAACCAUUAAGUAUUUUAUUAUUUGGAGCAAAUUUAAAGUGAAGUAUGUAAAUAAAUGACAUUGCCUGGAAUAGAAAAGUACAGGAAAGUAUUUCCAUACUUGUAUAUUAUGGUGUGUUUUUUGGCUAUAUCUCUUGUCAAAGUAAACUUUAUGCGUGGAAACUCUUGUGUCAGUAAGAGUGACUUCUUUAGCAAGCUGCUUAUGUAAAGUGCACAGAGCUUCAAAACUGUUCAGACUCAUGUGACGCAUUUAUAAACUCAACCUGCUGCUUCAGGAUAUUUCACACAAAUCUCUAAGACACAUACCAAACAAAUUCAUCCUUAUUUUUCUAAAUGUUGAUCUCAUGUAUUUGCGUUUCAGAUUAUUUGCUUCUUUAUUAGCUCGUAGGAGUCUGCGUGCAAUUAAACACAAGUAAAUAAAGGUUGUUCCUGUGCGGUUGUGGAUGCAGUGGAGGCCAGCGCUCUCUGAAUGUGUGUAGAUUCAUCUCUGAAAUGCUCUCUGUCCAUUCUGAUGGAGUUUAAUAGCAGAAAAUUGAAGGUAAUUACCUUGAAGAGCAUUCUCUCUCUCUCUCCCUCUUGCUGUAGUGACAUUAAUGGAUAUUACCAAAUUCAAUUUGCCGUCUUCAAUGGAGCUUUUGUUUUCCAGUGCAAACCUUUGAGUUACUUACUGCUGUGUAGGCAACCAUAACCUUAUUUCAUGUUUUGUAUGUAGAUCAUAAUUUGUCCGUAGCAAGAGUAACAGAGAUAAAGAUGCUGCAAAAGACCAAAAGUGACUCAAACUCUUCCAGAAUAUUAUAAAAAAGCUCAGAGGUCAGCUACAGUG